CAGGGGCCGGGCCGGGUCGGGUCGGGCUGGACCGGCAGGUCAUGGAGCCCCUCUCCUUCCACGACUACAUCUGCGGCCUCGACCCCGCCACCCUGCCGCGGGUGCUGAAGAUCUGCUCGGGGGUCUAUUUCCAGGGCUCCGUGUACGAGGUGGACGGUAGCGAGUGCUGUCUGUCCACCGGGGACUUGAUGAAGAUCACGCACGUCCAGCUCCAGAAGGUCAUCUGUGAGAACCCAGACACGGGCCAGACCAGGGAGCUGCCACUUGACUUCUCAGGUCACUUCCGCCCCAUCCCCAGGAGCAUGGCCGCUCAUGCCUUCGACAGCCUGGAGGCCCUGGUGGCCGCCGCCACCGCCGCCCCCGGUGGGCUACCCGUCUGCUUCACCUCGGCCUGGGAUCUCCACGUGGGGGGCCGCGUGCUCCCCGGGGGCCAGCCAGUCACGCUGACCUCCGUGGAGCUGCGCCACGGCCAGCGCCACGGCCGCUGCAAGAGCGGGGAGGGGGCUGCCGGAUCCCCACCGCUCCUGCUGCCCCUGGCCCUAUCUGGCCAGUUCCAGUGGUGGGAGCCGGACUCAAGGCUGACACUGCUCCAGGCCCUGCGCUGCCAGGCCCUCAGGACCCGCCGCUUUCACUGCGCCAACCUCCACUGGGCCGCCGUUGUCCUGUCACCGCUCUAUGAGGUCCAGGCUAUCAUGCAGAUGCGCAAGGACAUAGUGAAGAUCCCGUCCAGCCUCGAGGUGGACGUGGAGGACGUGACGGCCGUGACCGGCCACGUGCACUUCGUCAAGCCAGUGCUGCUGAGUGAGGUCCUGGCCCGCGGGGGCCCGUUCCCCGUGGAGGCGGAGAUCCUGGAGGGCCCGGCCGGGAGCCCCAUCUUCGAGAGCGCCUGGACGGGGUCCCUGCGCAAAGGCCAGCGGCUCCGGCUCCACGGCCACGCCCCGGCCUGGAGGCUCCUGGCCACCGCCGGCCGCAAGGCCCCGCGCCAUUUCCUGGUGUCCAGCGAGUACCGGGGGCUGCUGCGUCGCAGGCCGCGCGAGUUCCCCACGGCCUUCGACCUGCUGGCGGGGCUGGGUCCAGGCGGGCCGCUGCGCGUGGUGGUCACGCGGGAUUGCGAGGGCGAGGGGCUGGCCAUGGCACUGGGCGUGGGCGACCGGCUGGAGGUGCUGGGCCCAACUCACGACGGCGGGGUGGCGGGACUGGAGUGCGCGCGGCUGGGCGGGCCCGGUGAGCCCAGCGAGGACCGGGAGCUGCUGGUGCUGCCGUUGCCCCUAGCGGGCGGCUUCGUGGAGGAGCUCGGCGAUGGCCGGCGCUACUCCCUGGACGAGGUCACCACCCACUUCCCGCUGCCCGUGGAGGUCAAGGUGGCGGCCGGGGACCCGACCCUGCCCUCCGACCCGCUGGGCGUCCUGCCGGCCGUGCGGCUGGAAGAGCGGGUAGCCGAACCCUUCCUGGUGGCCAGUCUGGAUGAAGCCCCUCCCGGUGCCGUACCUGUCGCCUUCGAGAUCCCGCCACGGUGGCUGGACCUUCUGGUGGUGCUGUCCGGGGAUCCGCCGGCCUGGGGUGGGGAGCGCCCCUGCCCACCCCCUGUGGAGGAGCUCACGGAAGCCUUCUACUUCCGCCUGCGGAGGGAGCUGCCCAGCGAUGCUCCCCCGCCCCCUCGGCCCCCCAAGGGCCCGGAUGCCGCCCGGCGGUCCAAGGCCGAGGGCUCUGCCUGCCGGAGGAGCAGCCAGGAGACUCCAGUGAAGUCUCCGCCUGAAGUGGGGCCAAAAAGCCUGAGGCCAAGUCUGCAGUCACCCACCCUGGCCAAGACACUGCCCACCCCGGCCAAGACGCCACCCACUCCAGCAAUGAUUCUACCCACUCAGGCCAAGACCCUGCCUGCUCCGGUCAAGGCACUGGGCUUCACGGCAAAUCCGAAAGUCUCCCCGAAUGCCUACAGCGGGGUCCCCAAGAGGGUAAAACCGCCCCCGAAGAGGCCGCCCCCAAGAAAGUUGUCAGGCGACAGCGACUCGGACCACGACUACGAGAUAAUGGAUGAGGAGCUGCAAGAGACCAUCCGCCACAUGAAGGAAGCGGCGCUCCACUACUAAGGGGCGGCAGAGCAUAGGUAGCUGUCACCUUGCCAGCAGAGCCCAGGGCACUGACCCCAUCCCCCUCGUCGGCCUGCACAAGGAAGACCGGCAUCAAGUCACCCGUGUGCUGCCACGCCGGAGACCGGGUGACCUGGGGCAGCCACCACCGUGGGCACGGGCAACCCGGUCAACUUCCACGUUCCUGGCCGUGACCCACUCUGGCCACACGGACUUUCCUCCAGAGCAAGGGCGCGCCCGCGAGUCGAUACCCCGAGGGCAUCAUAACCCUCCUUCCCGCUGACCUUGGGGGCUGUACCCCGGCACGAACACAGUUGGGUUUGGCUACCCCUGCCACAGCCGGGGAGAGGGCCGGGGGCACUUGGGCAAGGAGGUGACUCUGAGCCCAUGCUCUGCCGUAUCUGGGGUCCAGCUCUCCGUAGCACAGCUGCCCAGACCUGUACACCGCCUUCUGAGCGGCUCAAAUCAUUCAAGUAAAGUAACUCUUUGGCCCCUGA